UCGAGAGGGGGAGUGCUUCCCUUCUGAUAAAAUCGUUCGAGAGUGCAUUCGGGUGCAAAUUGAAGCAAUUGCAAGAAGGAAUUUUUAGUCAUGGUGUAACGAUUCCUCUGUUUAAUUUUACCAAACGUGUUUCACUGAUUUUAAUUUGUGAAGGGAGCCAUGCAGCAGCCUAAGAAACGUGUCUGUUACUAUUAUGACAGUGAUAUUGGAAAUUAUUAUUAUGGCCAAGGACAUCCUAUGAAACCACAUCGUAUAAAGAUGACACACAACCUACUCUUAAAUUAUGGCCUUUAUAGAAAGAUGGAAAUAUAUCGGCCUCAUAAAGCUACGCAAGAAGAAAUGACAAAGUUUCAUAGCGACGAUUAUAUCCGAUUUCUGAGAUCAAUACGUCCAGAUAACAUGACGGAAUAUAACAAACAAAUGCAGAGAUUUAAUGUAGGAGAAGAUUGUCCUGUUUUUGAUGGUUUGUACGAGUUUUGUCAAUUAUCGGCUGGUGGGUCUGUAGCUGCUGCUGUGAAACUCAACAAACAAGCUUCAGAAAUCUGUAUCAAUUGGGGCGGUGGCUUGCAUCACGCGAAAAAGAGCGAAGCGUCAGGUUUCUGUUAUGUAAACGACAUUGUACUCGGAAUUUUGGAACUGCUAAAAUAUCAUCAGAGAGUUUUGUAUAUUGACAUCGAUGUUCAUCAUGGAGAUGGUGUAGAGGAAGCUUUUUAUACAACUGAUAGAGUAAUGACUGUUUCAUUUCAUAAAUAUGGCGAAUAUUUCCCUGGAACUGGAGAUCUUCGUGAUAUUGGAGCAGGGAAGGGAAAGUAUUAUGCAGUUAAUAUACCUUUGAGAGAUGGAAUGGAUGAUGAAAGCUACGAGUCAAUUUUUGUUCCCAUUAUUACAAAAGUAAUGGAGACUUUUCAACCUUCUGCUGUCGUCUUGCAAUGUGGUGCCGACUCAUUAACUGGUGACCGAUUGGGAUGUUUUAAUUUGACUGUGAGAGGUCAUGGUAAAUGUGUAGAUUUUGUAAAAAAAUAUAAUUUACCCUUCUUGAUGGUAGGAGGUGGGGGCUACACAAUCAGAAAUGUCUCCAGAUGUUGGACAUAUGAAACAUCUGUAGCUCUGGGAUCUGAAAUCGCAAAUGAACUUCCAUAUAACGAUUAUUUCGAAUACUUUGGUCCUGACUUUAAAUUGCACAUUAGUCCUUCAAAUAUGACAAAUCAAAAUACUCCCGAAUAUCUUGAGAAGAUUAAGACAAGAUUAUUUGAAAGCCUAAGAAUGCUACCACAUGCACCUGGCGUGCAAGUUCAGGCAAUUCCAGAGGAUGGUGCUAUUGUCGAUGAUUUUGAACCGGAAGAAAAGAUGAAUCUUGAUGACAGACUAUCUCAACAUGAUUUAGACAAAAGGAUACAACAUGAAAAUGAAUACAGUGACAGCGAAGAUGAAGGAGAAGGUGGACGAAGAGAUAACAGAUCAUAUAAAGGAAUUAAAAAGCGACCUCGUUUAGAAAAAGGCCAGAGCCAGGAUGUGAAUAUGCAUAUCAUGAAUAUUAAUAUAAAAAAGAUGAUGUAAAAUUGGAAUCAAAAGGAAAUGAUAAAGACGAAAAAGCAAAUCUCCAUAAUGAGGAAAUAAAGAAAGACAGUGGGGCUAAUCUCUGAUAAAUGAUUCAGGAUCAGCACAUUUGUAAAAGUACAAAAAUCUUUAUUAAAAAAUUAGAUAUAUAUAUAUAAUCUUAAAUAAUGUAAGUGAAGGAACAUUGAUGCAUUUUUUAUUAGGAUCGCAAUCAUGCUGUCUAUACUGAAGUAUUUUCAGAGGGUAGCAUCAUGUGUGCAAUGUGUCUAUUUAGUUUUGACGAAGACAGGUAUAAAAGAAUUCUAUGUAUUUCAGCGACAAGUAACUCUUGUCACUGAUGUACAUGUAUGUCUUCACAACUGUAAGAGAGAAAGUAAAGAGAAGUUAUUAUAUAUAAUCCGUAAUAAACCAAUGUAAUCUAUAGAAUGAAAUUAUAAUCUUGAAAAUUUUGUA